CGUCCGUCUUGUCAAAAAAGAGAUAAAGUACCGCCCACAUUCAUGCUCGACGAGGGCUGCAUCGAGCUCAUGCACAGCGGGCAAACCGCCGGCCAGGCCGGGGCCAACCCCUACCGCGUGCAGAUCAUCGACAUCAAGCCGAUCAAGAAUCCGCAGGGCGGCGCGGCGGACCGCCACCGUCUCGUCAUCUCGGACGGCCGCCACUACAUGCAGGCGAUGCUCUCCACCUCGCUGAAUCCGAUGCUCGAGCGAGACGGGAUCCGUGCGCUGAGCAUCGUGCGCCUCGACAACCACAUCAUGAACAACGUGCAGAACCGCAAGGUCAUCAUCAUCCUGCAAUUCACGCUCAUCUCAAACGACCAGCCGCAGAUCGGCCACCCGCAAAAGCUCGACGAGACCGGCGGCCAGCAAGGAGCGCCGCCGCAGACUCACGCGGGGGCGCCGCAGGAGGGGGGCUACCCCGGCGCGGCGCCCGGCGGCUACGCGCCGCCGCCGCAGCAGCAGCAGUGGCAGCCGCCGCCGCAGCAGCAGCAGUACCCGCAGCAGGGGGGCUACCAGCAGCAGCCCCCGCAGUACCAGCAGCAGCCCCCGCAGUACCAGCAGCAGGGCGGGUACCAGCAGCAGGGCGGGUACCAGCCCCCCCCGAAGCGGCAGCAGGGUCCCGACCAGCAGCCGCAGCAGCAACCCUACGGUCAGCCGCCGCAGCAGCAGUACGGCCAGCCGCAGCCCUACGGCCAAGCGCCGCAGGGCUACGGCCAGCAGGGCUACGGCCAGCAGGGCUACGGCCAGCCGCCGCAGCAGCAGCACGGCGCCCCCCCCCAGUACGGCGGCGCGGGCCCCUCCUACGGCCAGCCGCAGCAGCAGUACGGCGGCCCGCAGCAGCACCAGCCGGCGUACGGCGGGGGCGGCGCGGUGCAGCGCGACAGCAGCGGCAACAUCCUGCCCAUCGCUGCGCUGACGCCGUACACGAACCGGUGGAAGAUCAAGGGGCGCGUGGUGCUCGACAAGACGGGCGACAUCAAGGUGACGGGCUUCAACCAGGAGUGCGACUCCUUGUUCGACAAGAUCGAGCCCGGCCGCUGCUACUUCAUCUCGGGCGGCCAGCUCAAGCCCGUCGACCAGCGGUACAACAAGACGUCGCACCAGUUCGAGAUCACGCUCAACCGCGGCUCGGCGAUCGACGAGACGGAGGACGACCCCGCCAUCCCCAAGCAGGAGUUCCAGUUUGCGCCGCUGCCCGCGAUCGAGACGAUGGCCGACGACUCGUACUGCGACGUGCUCGCGGUGGUGGCGCAGUGCGACGAGCCGCUCACGUACACAAACAAGGCGGGCAAGGAGGUGACCAAGCGCGUGAUGCACCUCGCCGACAAGAGCGGCAAGUCGAUCGAGGCCACCGUCUUUGGCUCGGGCGCCACCGACGACCGGCUGCAGGCGCACGCGGACGUGGUGCUCGCGAUCAAGGGCGCAAAGGUGGGCUCGUGGAACACAAAGUCGCUGACGCUGUGGGGCGACACGCACUUCGAGCCCAACCCGGACACGGCCGAGGCGCACGACUUGAUGGGCUGGUGGCGGCACACGGGCUGCUCGAUGCAGCGCGCGCACAUCUCCGUCUCGGGCGGCGGCGGCGGCGCCUCGCGCGACUCGCCGCGCAUCCUCUUCUCGGACAUCGAGGAGCGCGCGAUGGGGAUGAACGGGACGCCCGAGUACUUCAGCGUCAACUGCUUCAUCACGCACAUCCGCACCGACCAGCGCACGCUCUGGUACAUCGCGUGCCCAAACUGCAAGAAGAAGGUGCAGGGCGCGAGCGAGGAUAUGCUCGACGGCCACUGCGAGAAGUGCAACGCGCCGACGACGGGCACGCGCCGCUGGAUCUUCACGGGGCAGUGCAACGACCCCUCGGGCUCGCGGUACGUCUCCUUCUUCGACGACACCGCCGUCCGGCUGCUCGGAGGCCGCACCGCCGACGAGAUGGCGCCGACGAAGGAGUCGGACAGCAGCCGGUUCGACGCGCACUUUCUGAAGCACUCCUUCCAGCGGGUGGUGAUGAAGUGCCAGGUCAAGUCCGACACGUACAACGACGAGCAGCGCAUCAAGGUGAGCUGCCAGAACUUCGAGCCGCUCAACCCAGUCGCCGAGGGGCGCCGCCUUCUCGCCGAGAUCGCGUCGAUGGGCGCCUGAAGGGGCUGUCGGCCCGGCGGCUCUGCCUCUGGCGGCGCCGGCAUGUGCUGGGGAGGCAUGUGGUCUGUUCUCGGCCCCUCGCUUGCGCGCGCGGUGCGGCGAAGCCGUCGACGUGGGAGGGGCUGGGGGAGGGGGUGAGAGGGAGGGUAGCGCCUCCAGCGCAAGGCCAUGGGGGCCAUGCUUGACGCUGCCGUUGGCACUGUCCGCUCGCCGCGCAAGCCGUGCAGAAAGCAACUGUCUAGCCGCGCCGCCGCGCGGUACUUUCGCGUCGUCUGGGGCCUCUGCGCCCUCUGUUUUUGUGCAUACAGUCUUGGGAGGCGAGAGAGCGAGCGGGCGCGUCUCGCUUCACGCUUGUUUGUGUUUUCCCGGGAGGCGGGAGUUGACUUUUUGGUGUCAUGUUGCCUCCUUGUCCUACUUGUCGCGGGGGAUAGUGCGUGUGGCGAAAAAAAAAAUUGCUAGCUC